AAUAUAUUUCUUUUUCCUAAAUUUUUUGCAGUCUCUCAUCACUUACCUAUCUCUUUCUUUGUAAAACUCAACCUACACUUUUUUGCUUCUUUUACAUUAAUUUUGUACCUCUCAAACACUACCAAUUCUUUUGCUCUUAUUCUAUGUAAUUUCUUGUGCUUUUCCAAGAACUUUAAAAUUCUAAAAAUUAACUUUUCAUUACAUUUAUUAUAUUUUUUUUGCUUUUUAUAAUUAAAUUCUUCUUCAUCUUCAUAUAUAUAUACAUAUAUGUUGAUCAUUUUUAGAACAUAAUUAUUUGAAAAUACUUCAAACUUUUUCUUACUAUCCACACAUUAAAAAGCUAUAAGAGAAUCUGACUUAUUUCAGUUGAAGUAAGUAUUAUUUUCUUCGCAUGAAAUUCUGAGUUCGAUUCUCACUUGUCACUCUCCUACCCGUAGUCAAAAAUAGUUAUAAACUCAAAAUAUUUUUUAUUUGUGAUGGAAGAAAUGAUGGGUUUUGAUAAAAGAGCUCAAUUAAUCAAAGAACUACUUGAAGGAGAAGAAAUUGCAAAAGAAUUAAAAAAUCAUAUUUUAAGAGAUGAUAAUCAAGACCUUUGUAAUUCAUUACUUGAAAAAAUGUUAUCAACUUUUGAUAAAACCAUUACAAUGGCUAAGUUGCUUCGCAUUCAAGUAAAUCAAGAUCACCCCUCCAUUAUUCAUCCCAAUAAUUCUAUUCCUUUGGAUUCCCCUCUAUCUAAUUUAAGCCCAAAUAAUGAAAAUUCUCACCCCAAUUUUCCUCCUUUAAAGAGAAGGAGGUCAAUGGAGACAAGGUGGACAAAGACUGUGCAAAUUAGCAGUAAUGGAAGUUUAGAAGGGGUUCUUAAUGAUGGUUAUAGUUGGAGAAAAUAUGGGCAAAAAGAUAUUCUUGGAGCUAAAUUUCCAAGGGGAUAUUAUAGAUGUACCUAUCGUCACUCUAAAGGAUGUGUUGCCACCAAACAAGUGCAACAAUCAAAUGAAGACCAAUCUAUAUACCAAAUAAUGUACAAAGGUGAACACACUUGUUCCCAAGGAGUCCAAAUGAAAGAGGGUCAAAAUUCCACAAUUCGAGAGCAAUUAAAAUUGAAAUCUGAACUGCAACCGCAACUACAACCACAAUUACAACAACCUCUAAGUCCACAACAAGAUAUUUAUGUGGGCCUUGGCCCUGAAGGAGAUAUUAAAGUUGAGUCUGAAGAUGAAGUUAUCGGGCAAGCCCAAAUUUUUCGGUCUUUUUCAUUCACCCAAGCCCACUUACAGCCCGAUUCAAUUGAAGACAACUACAUGUUGAGCUUUUGCCCUAUUUUUGGGUCACCAGCAACCUCGUCUAACUGUCUUCCGGUGUCUCCAUUUCAUUCCACCGGAAUCCAUGAAGGACUUUCUAUGCAGACACAAGAAAUCGACUUCCAUGAAGCAGUUUCGGGUAUGGGCUCGGUCAUAAACACACCUAGGAUGAGUGUGAGUCAUAACUUUCAAUUCACCCUAGAUGAUUGGUUAGAUUUGAGUGACAACCUCUCUUUUGAUCAAAUUUGAGAAAUGAUUUAUCCUUCUAAUCUUACUUACCAAGUAAGAGUGUUAGUCCCUUGAUCACUAAUGAUACAAGAGGGAGGACCAAUUGCUUAUCCACAAGUUUUCAUUAGAAAGUUUCUAUUUUUAUAGUGCAUAGUAUUGAUGGCUACUAUUCCCCCAUUUUACACCCUCAAAGAAGGUGCAACCUAAAUGUUUUUUACACCACAUUGUGAAGAUUGUUAAAGACGUGUUGUGGCUUAGGAUUAAAGUUCUCCUAUUAUGUUAUCAUGAUGGAGACAUAAGAGUAUUUAAAUUACUAGUGUUGUGGCUUAGGAUAAUUUUUCAUUGUAUAUUAAAAAUGGAUUAUUAGCCUUUUUGGCUAGCUUAUGUGAUAAGGUGUGACGUAAUAAUAAUUCGAAAUA